AUGUCAGCCGGAGUAGCUUUGUUAGUACAUGUUGUGUUCACGCUUUUAUGUUAUUUACAGUUCCUGGUAUUUGAAACACCUCUGCUCGAUGGCUGUUACGUUAAUCCAUUCCCUGGUCGCCCGUUGAAAGUGUGA